AUGGACAUCCAUCGAUUCAUCCAUUUGGCACUCCUUAGCUGGCUUUUCGUCGUCUACCCGAUUCUUAGCUUACCCAGGCCUGAGCCAAUGUUUUCUUUGGUUGGGGAUGGUGGUCGUGCUACCGCAGGUUUCAAAGGUGGAGCAGCCGCUAAAUCAGCAGCUGAAAUGGCAGGAGGCGUUCCCGACCCUCACUUGAAUGUGGCAUUGGAAUCAACUCACACGGUCGCUGAUCCCUUGAGCUCCACUGGUCCUUCUGCCAAUCCCCUCGUCAACCUGCGAAAAACUGAGAUCCCAAAGCCACCUGAAAAACCAGUCACGCCAGAAGUAAAGCCCCCAGAAACCCCGCCAGAACCGCAUGGUACAGAUGGCCCGCAAACUGAGAAACUGGCCGAGGCAGCAAAGGCAAGUCGACUAGCCCAAUUGAAGAAGAUCUCUGGAGACGGUUUUGCUUACUUGGGAAGCCAAACGUGGAGAGGUUUGAGGGCUAUCGGGAAGGCUAUCCAAAGAGGGAUACGAGAUUUUGGAGCAGACGGGUCGCUUGAUUACCUGUACCGUAACUCUCGGACAUCCUUAUCGGUGGCAGAACAGGAAAAAAAGGCAUUGGCGCUCAAGAAUACAAAUAUCAAAAAAAUGGCCGCAUGGUUUCGGGAAAAGAUCGGAUCAAAGGAAGCUCACCCCAGCGUUGCAGAAGCAGGUGGUCAUGCUGAGGAAGGUUCGAUGGCUGCAAAGCACUCCGAGGGCCUGGAGAACAGUCACGCCGUGGAAGAUUCGAAGGCUGCAAAGAGCUCUGAUGCCUUGGAAGACACGACGGCUGCGAAGAACUCCGGCAGCUUGGAAAACAAACAUGUCCCCACUGCGGCUGAAGCUACUAAGGGUGAAGAAAGUGCAACGAAAGCAUUAGACAAAAAACCUCCAGGGAUGAUGGCCAAAGUUUGGAAUUUCAUCGCCGCUCCCUUCCGGUCGAUCGAUAGAGUCUACACCGCGUUCAGAGUAGCUCGGGCUGAAAAAGUCGUGUACGGAUCCAGUAAGUCUGAUCGGCUGGCUGCCCAUGUCCUGGAAAGGUUCGAGGCACAGGGCCCUGGUUUCUGGAGUAGAAUGAAGACCAAAUUCCCCGGCUCCUCUAACAAAGUAAAAACAAUCGAUGCCGAAGCUGAUCACGCCAAGCCAGUCGACGCAGCGGAUGCUACUCAUAAUACAGCCGUAUAG